CUGUAGAAGCCAUGCCCGUGGAAUUCGAAAUUGGAACAGAAUGAGCUUUGCAGUGGUCUUCAUUCACCUCACAGAUUACGGAACUACCCACAAGGGCCAUACCAGAGUUCAAAAUCACCAUGCCCUUCUGUUAGAAUCAAAGAGAGCCGAAAAUGAACAAAACUCAGACCUUUAAUGGAGUUUCCCUCUUCUGCAGAGUUUUGAUUCCUUCACUCUUUAUUCAGCUGAUUGCCAGUUCGAAACCGCAAAGAUUUAGAAACUUUCCUACCCAAGACACGUUCUUUCAUUUGCUGGGAAUUUCCAUUUCUUCUUCUUCUACAGGACUUAUCCUUCGAUAAUGGCUUUGUCUCUAAAUUCUAAUUUAUUGGACCUUGUUUUCGCAUUCUGAUACUGAUAUCGGCGAUGAACUUGUCCACCUGUUCGUUUAUGCGUCUUGAAGUCUUUUUCUUUCAUCAUUCCACUGUGGGAUAGAAACUCCAAACGUAUCUUCUUCAGGUGCUCGAAGAAUGUCCGCUGAGAGAUAUUGCUAGCAUAUUUCGACGUGAACAGUGACACUGUAAAAUAGUUGGGUGUGGAACUGGAGCUGUACGCGUUUGAGGAAAAUUCAUCGUCAUAUGACGACAUUUAACUACCAGCCUGAUAUGAUACUUCAGAAUCAUAUUCUUAAUAUGUACGGGAAGUGCGGGUCUUUGAAGGAAGCUAGAAAUGUUUUUGAUGCAAUGCCCCUGAAGAACGUGGUAUCUUGGACCUCCAUGAUAUCGGGGUACUCGCAUUAUGGACAAGAAGAUAAUGCCAUUACAUUGUAUGUUCAAAUGUUCAGAUCAGGAUGUACUCCUGAUCACUUUACCUUUGGAAGUGUACUAAAAUCUUGCUCAGGACUUGAUGAUUCUAUGUUAGCGAGACAACUACAUGCCCAUGUUCUGAAGUCGGAAUUUGGUGGCCACCUAAUCGCACAGAAUGCUCUAAUCUCAAUGUAUACCAAGUACAAUCAAAUUGCUGAUGCAAUAAAUGUCUUCUCUCAUAUUAUUACAAAGGAUCUAAUUUCCUGGAGCUCAAUGAUUGCAGGGUUUUCCCGGUUUGGUUAUGAGCUCGAAGCUUUAUUUCUUUUCAGGGAAAUGCUUUCUCAGCCUGUCUACCAACCAAAUGAGUUCAUCUUUGGUAGUGCCUUUAGUGCUUGUACCAAGCUCUUAGAACCAAAUUAUGGACGCCAAAUACAUGGCUUGUGUAUAAAAUUUGGAUUAGGAAGCGAUGCUUUUGCCGGAUGCUCCCUCUGUGACAUGUAUGCGAAGUGUGGAUUUCUAAGAUCUGCAAGAACUGUGUUUAAUCAGAUUGAAAAGCCUGAUUUAGUAGCCUGGAAUGCUAUUAUUGCAGGAUUUGCCAGUGUUGGUGAUGUAAAGGAAUCCACGUCUUUAUUUUCUCAGAUGAGGAUAACAGGGCUUGCUCCAAAUGAUGUCACAGUCCUCUCUUUACUUUGUGCUUGUUCAGAGCCUGUGAUGCUUUAUCAGGGAAUGCAGGUUCAUUCCUACAUUGUCCAGAUGGGUUUUGAUUCAGAGAUUCCUGUGUGCAACAGUUUACUUAGCAUGUAUUCAAAAUGUUCAAAUUUGAAUGAUGCACUUCAAAUAUUUGAAGAUAUAGGAAAUAAAGCGGAUAUAGUUUCUUGGAACACCAUGCUUAUGGCAUGCCUCCAUCACAACCAAGCUGGUGAGGUUUUAAGAUUAACGAAGACAAUGCUUGUUUCUCACAUUAAGCCUGACCAUGUUACUUUGACGAAUGUAUUGGUGUCAUCUGGACAAAUAGCAUCUUAUGAAGUGGGAAGUCAAGUUCAUUGCUUAAUCAUGAAAUCAGGGCUGAAUCUUGAUACUUCUGUUUCAAAUGCGUUAAUCAACAUGUAUAUGAAGUGUGGAUCCCUUGGAAGUGCUCGAAAAAUAUUCGACUCAAUUGAAAAUCCGGAUAUCAUUUCAUGGAGUAGCUUGAUUGUUGGAUAUGCUCAGGCUGGAUGUGGUGAAGAAGCUUUCAAACUUUUCAGAACCAUGAGAGGCCUUGGUGUAAAGCCUAAUGAAAUUACAUUUGUUGGUUUCCUUACUGCCUGCAGUCAUAUUGGAAUGGUGGAAGAAGGUUUGAAGUUAUACAGGACAAUGCAAGAGGAAGAUGGCAUUGCACCAACUAGAGAACACUGUUCGUGUAUGGUCGACUUGCUCGCCCGUGCUGGAUGCUUGGAUGAAGCAGAGGAUUUUAUCAACCAAAUGCCUUUCGAUCCCGACAUUGUCGUCUGGAAGACUCUGCUAGCAGCAUGUAAAGUCCAUGGCAAUCUCGAGGUUGGCAAAAGAGCUGCAGAGAAGGUAUUGAAAACCGAUCCAUCCAACUCUGCGGCACUUGUGAUGCUUUGUAAUAUACAUGCUUCUUCGGGCCAUUGGAACGAUCUUGCUCAAUUGAGGAGCUCGAUGAGACAGAUGGAUGUCAGCAAAGUUCCAGGUCAGAGCUGGAUUGAGAUCAAGGAUAGAGUUCAUGUGUUUCUUGCUGAAGAUAGCUUGCAUCCUGAGAGAGGUAGAAUAUACAGAAUGCUAGAGGAGUUGAUGUUGCAAAUUUUAGAUGAUAGCUGUGAUCCAAUACAGAUGGAGUCUUUUGAUUAGAUUAUAUCAUAGGAAUAAUUAUUCAAGUAGAUUCUUAGAAGUACCUUGCAUCACAUCACACAAUUUUUAUGUUCGGGUGUGCAUAGGAUUGCACAAUCAUUCUCUCGACAAAUUAUAAGUUU